AUGGCAGAGUACACGUUAUCCUCUCGGAUCUUCGGCAUGCUGAAAAAGGAAGGAAAAUGUGUUGAUGAAUUACUCAUUGCUAGGACGAGAUAUCACAAUCUGAAUCACAGCGAAGAACCGCCGAGUCGAAUUGAUCUCAAGGAUAACCGUGGCUAUAGGCAGCACGGUCUUCAUGCCGCCCUCGUUCGCUUUCAUAUUUCGACAUACGUUGGACUAGCGAGGCAGCCUAUACUUGCCUCAACCGACGCGUUGGGAUCAAGAGGCUCCCGCAAGUUUCCCGCACCGACGGCGCGCGCGAACGUUGAUGGUGGUGGUCGGGACAAGAAAUACGCCUCAAGUCUUGUUUGCGCCGGCAGGCUGCUGUCCCGCGUCGCUGGAUUGGAACCAAGACUUUUCACCAAGGGCGAUCAGCCAGCGCCAAGUGACGUGAUGUCUCCCCCGGCUGGGCGUCUGGGCUCUGCCAAGAAGGAACCUGAAGAGCUGGCCAAGUCGGACCUGGCGGCAGGGUUUACUGAGGUACCUUACCCAACGGCAUCCAAAGUUGCGGUCCGGCUGACUGCUCGCGUGUUCUUGGCUCUUCUCACUGAGGAAGAGGGGACCAAGAAGAUGGAGAACAAGACUGGAGUACGGCCGUUUGCGCGCGUGGAACCCAACAAAAACACGCAAGAUUUCCCCCAUCCCCAUAUCUCAAAGUUCGCACUCCGCAAGCUCGCAGCUCGCAGCUCGCCGCCGGCCGGUGGAUCCCGAAUGGACCGUUUCGGGCUUAAGUCGACGGGGCCAUCAACUGCCGCUCGGCCAUCUUCCGUGAGGGCGAAGACGGAGUGCGCCCGCGCCUCGAAGCCAUUUUGGAAUCGAAGCCAGAGCCCGAACGGAGACUGGCUAAUUCAGCCAUUCAGCAGAAGAGCAGACAUUAGCCUGCGACAAGUGACUCUCGAUCUCUUUCUCUUUCAUCUCCCUCGGCUCGGUGCCCAUUUUUUCAAUAAGCUUACAUGUCCGUACUUGGCCAACCAGAGGAACGAUAAUCUGCGCCGUGAUACUUUGAUACGCCUAGUGAUUCGUGAGCUUUGGGGAAGAUCCGGCGACAGCGCCAGGGUAUCUCGGCCAGAUUCCAAGUUUCCCAACCUCGUCCUAGGGCACGGUCUUGACCCCACGGAGAAAGCUUCCUUCAAUGGGGAUGGUAUGGGGAAAACUGGAGUUGGAAUAUCUAAGCGCUCAACUUACAGCUCGCGGUGCUUCUUGUCAACCUCGACGCGGACGGAGUCCACCCGUCAGGGUCGUCACAUGGCGAAGGAAGCGGAGGACGUCCAACAGGCAACUCCCAGCCACCCAGGAUCAAGCAUGCAACCUACAGGUUUGCGGGGAUUUCACGUCUUGGUAAAUUAG